AACUGUUUUUCUUUCAGAACGCGAACUCGUUUUGUGGAUGACAAGUGACAAUCAGAUUCAUGCAGAAUCAUUUUUGAGUUUCAGUCGUUGACAUCAUUAGCCUAUAUUUCAUUAACGUUAACAUCUGUUGACGUGAUGGGAACGGUAGUGGACGACUUCAGACAACUAUUAAAAGACUGUGAACUGUUUGUCUUUGACAUACUUCAGGACGAGGAACUCAGUACCGCUGCUCAUGAAGCCAGGGAAAUUCUCCUGCGAAACUUUUAUGUCAUCCAGAAAAGACAUCCACAAGAAUUUCCCCACAGAUUUGAAACCAGUCAGGAGGAUAGUUCAGAUGACAACCGGAGCAACAGUCUGGGACGUUCUGCCCCCUCAGACGAUGUGUCGGUGGCCUCUGACUACCAAGAAGAAGGCGCUCCAGAGUUUUUUGAAGAAAUCCCUUUGGUGGCUGCACAGGACCUUACCAACAUCCUAAAGCAAGGUUACCUGGAGAAGAAAAGGCGCGACCAUAGUUUCUUCAGCAUUGAAUGGCAGAAGCGCUGGUGUGUUCUGAACAACACCAUAUUUUAUUACUUCGGGAAUGAGAAAGACAAGCAGCAGAAGGGUUCUUUUAAUAUCAACGGCUACAGUGCUGAGCCGGUACCGAGUUUACGCAAGGACUCCAGGAAGAAUUCAUGCUUUGAGUUGAGUGCUCCUGGAAGUCGUUCUUUCCAGUUCACUGCCAGCAGUCCCCGUGAGGCCCGGGAAUGGGUGGACCAGAUCAAUUUUGUCCUUAAAGAUCUGAGCUCUAAUUUCAUCCCCGUUGAUGAUGAUGAGGAAGAAGAGGUGGAAGAGGUGGAAGAAACGUAUGAUGACAUUGAGCGAGCCACCACACCACCACCAUCACGUCCUGGGCCGGCACCAGCAUCAGUGCCAACUCCAAGUAAAAGACAACCACCCCAGAGCUCCCGUGAAGAAUGGGAGGACCGAGGAAGAAUCCAAGAGGAUGAUGAUGAGGAGGAAGAAGAUAUUUACGAGGUGCUUCCAGAUGAUGAAAAUUUAGACCAAGUCGACGAAGGCUGUGACAAAAUUGGAGGUUCAGAUUAUGCAAACUAUUACCAAGGUCUGUGGGAUUGUGAAGCGGAGGGACCAGAUGACUUGGCCUUCCAAAGAGGAGAUCUCAUCUACAUCCUCAGCAAGGAAUAUAACAUUUAUGGAUGGUGGGUUGGGGAGCUGGAUGGUGCCAUUGGCAUUGUUCCAAAGGAAUUUUUACAUCCUGCUUAUAUCCUAUGAGGUUUGUGCUUGAAGAAUAAUCUUUUAAUAUGGAAUUGUCACAUUUACAAAUUUUAUUGUAUUAAAUAAGAUGUUUAUGUUGUCUGUAAAGUCAAUGCAUAUACAUGAAUUGUAAAAACCUAAAAAGGGUCAUCAAUACCCGAGAUUUUUUUCUCGCAUAAAAAGCAUAUUGAAAAUUCAAAUUACAUGCUUAAUACACUUGUACACUAAAAGGCUAAAAGAAAGCCUUCCAUUUUAAAAUAUUAGUUUUAGUUAAAAGAAACACCUUUAUCUAAUUUGCGUGACACAUCUUAACCCCUUUCAAAUUUCCUUAUUCUUUUAGUGUCUGGUAAUGUGCUCCAAUGAUUGUAUUACAACAGCAAAAAAGGCACAUAAAUGACUGAAGAAACUGUCUGAAAGGAGCCAUCUACUGGUUGUUUUUAGUAUUUUUUUUCAAUAACUUUUUUUGCGAUUUUUUUCAAUGUGUUAUAUUCUAAUCUAUUCUAUUGUGAGACAGUUUGUAGAAUUUCUAGUAAAAUGACAAAGCUUGCAUUCAUUAUGUGACAAGUAUCUCAAAUUUAACCUACAUGUAUUCAUUAUCGGACAGCAUCAUUGCAAGGCAAAUUCUUUUACAAUCAAACUAAGAACAUCCCCUAAAUGUCUUGUAAAAACAAUAGUUUAUUCAGCAAAAUGUUUCACUAUUUAAACUGGACAAAAAUAACCAUAAAAAGCUUCCAGACAUCGAUGAAUCUGUAAUUUCAGAUGUAAAAUAUAUGUAUUCCAUUAUGUAAUAACUGUCAGCUCACACUCCAAAUAAAAUCUUGCACAAAAACUGCUUUCAUUUCGCUUUAACCUACAUGUACAUUUCAGAUACAACAACACAACCGCUUGUGAAAUACAGCAUUGAUAAGAGCUUUUUCUUUCCAACUGGAGAAACUGACCAUCAUGGGUGAAUGACCGUUAUUAAUCAAAUUACCCAUAAAGAGGCUCAGAAAUACUUAAAAUGUCCUGAAUUCCUUCAAAAACAGAACGUGUAAUUUGGCCUUGCAAAACAUUAAAAAAAAGAAACCCACUGUUGAGAUGUUUCUUUAAUAAAGAAAAUCAAAUUUGAGACAGUUUCCUUGGGACGCAGGUUCAGGCUUGGCCUUUACAUUUACACUGUCCGUUUAGAAACAAAACAAAAAGGGUUUACUUUUAAAGGGUUUAAAAUAGUAACCAUAUUUUACAAUUCUAUCUUAAGUGACAUGUUCUAUGAGGCCUAUAUGAACAGGCCUGGUUAUAAUGGAUGACAGGACAGCUCUGGAACCAGCUGAAAGCUAAAGCAAGCUCCAAAGCGGGGAACAAUGGGCCAAGAACAAAC